UGACGCGAAUCACGACGGUUUACUAGUCGGUACGGUACAGUAUAUAUAUUUACAAACCGUUUCGUUGCUCAGCGUUACAUUCAACAGUAAAUUUUCGAGUCGGUUUUCUACGUUCAAAAUCAACUCUAUCAUGACAGAAACGGUCGUUCCCGCCUCUCCGGCACCAGUCACUGCGUCGCCAGCCGCGAAAAAGUCUCCGGCCAAGAAGAAGACUGCUGCUGCUGCUUCAAAGGCAAAGAAGCCCGCUGCGUCUCACCCGACCACCUCCGUGAUGGUGAAGUCUGCCAUCAAAGAACUCAAGGAGAAGAAAGGAUCUUCUUUGCCGGCUAUCAAGAAAUACUUGGCUGCCAACUACAAAGUCGAUCCCGCCAAGCUGGCGCCGUUCAUCAGGAAGUUUUUGAAAGCCGCCGUAGCGAACGGUACCGUCGUUCAGACCAAGGGCACCGGCGCUUCUGGACAUUUCAAACUGCCGGUUGCCGAGGUUAAACCAAAAAAGGCGGCCGUAGUCAAGAAGAAGAAACCGGUGGCCAAAAAAGUCAAAGCCCCUGGUGCCGUGAAGAGGAAAUCGACGUCUGCCAAGAAAGUGAAACCAGCUUCUGGCGAACCGGCGGCUAAAAAAUCCAAGAAAGCGGCCGUCGCUGCUAAACCUAAGAAGGCUACCAAACCGAAGAAAUCUCCGGUCAAAGCGAAAAAACCUGCUGGCGCUGUCAAACCCAAAGCGAAGAAGACUCCAACCAAGAAAACAGCAGCUCCCAAGAAGAAGUAAACUGAACGAUCACUACUUCUCU